AUGGCCUCCGCCUCUCCUUCGAGCCAGUCACGCGCGUUCUUGAGUAUCCCACCUGCCGAGCAAACAGAAAUCAGACUAAGGAUAUACCAUUACCUCUUCGAGAAGGAGCCAGGAGAUGACUGCUUUCUCAGCGGCCCUCGCUUCGGACCCUGGCGUGAAGGCCCAGAGACCCAACGGCCUAAGGUCGAACGUUCCAUCGACAUGCAAGACCUCAUCAGUAUGGGCCGACAUCCUGAGAUCCUGAGGGUGAACCACCAGGUAUAUUUCGAGGCUUUUCCGGUCUUCUAUUCAGGCCUCGAAACUGUAGAUCCAAAUAAAGGGACUUGGAGAUAUAAACCCCUCGAGGGCGACUUUCAGGCAUAUCACUUCGGAGAUUACGAUCAAUAUGAAACCUUCGACGUUGUUUACGAUCCUCCCCUGAUGCAAGGCUCAAGGAGCCCUCAAAAGCUAGCCAGAUUCACAAAGGUCCUGCUCAUCGCUAAAUUCAUGAUUCCAAGUUGUCCGAUAGGCUGGAGGUACGAUGAGGAAAACGGGGAGCUCGACUAUGCAGCGCAGCAAGACUUGACUGAUACACUGCGUGCAUCGAACAUGAUCGAAGACUUCGUUGAGCUAUUGGCCCGGUGUUCGUGGGUAGACCAUGUGGAUAUAGAUCUCGGUGUAGUGGCCAGCUGGCAAAGAGAUCAACAAACUGUUGAGUAUGACUCGCCUGUUGAGGAUCUUGAAACGCCCCAUUGGAUUGGGCUGAGAAAGAUAUGGCACAAAGGCGACAUCCAGGUAGCCGACAUCUUACUAGCCGGUGGUGUUCUCAGCCCUUUACAGAGGUUGUCCAACAUAAGGUCCUGGUGUAUAGAAUUGACAGUGGAGGAUUUGAUGGAAGAGCCGCCUUGUAUGCAUGAGAGAAUGACUUUGGAUUUGAGUAACGCGGUUGAGCAGGGAAAGUAA